GAUCAGGAUCCUCAAAACAAAAUAUUCAACAACAUACUCAUAGCCCUAAAAAACCAUCAAGCUUAAGAAACUCUGUAGACCUUACAAAUACUCCUGAUAUAUUAUUACCAACACCAACACCAACUCAAAAUAAUCAGCAAAUAAGAAAUCCAAAAUGA